GGGCAGGUAGAGAAAGCGGGCGCUCUCUGGCGACGACGGCUGAUGGCGUCAUGGGAGCGACUACCCGGAAGUCGGCAGCAGCGGCUGGAGCAGGAGGAUCGGCCGGCCGUGGCUACACUCUCAGGGAUGACUCAGCUGGGUGCCAUAGCAGCUCUAGCUGCCAGCCUGGUAGCAGCUGCUCUUUUUUCUGCAAUACACAAGAUUGAAGAAGGGCACAUUGGUGUCUAUUACAGGGGAGGAGCGCUGUUGACAAGCACCAGUGGGCCUGGCUUCCACCUUAUGCUCCCCUUCAUAACUUCUUACAAAUCAGUGCAGACAACGUUACAAACAGAUGAAGUAAAAAAUGUUCCAUGUGGUACAAGUGGGGGAGUGAUGAUCUAUUUCGACAGGAUUGAGGUGGUGAAUUUCCUGAUCCAAAGUGCAGUCUAUGAUAUAGUGAAGAACUACACGGCUGACUACGACAAGGCCCUCAUCUUCAAUAAGAUACACCAUGAGCUCAACCAGUUCUGCAGCGUCCACACACUCCAGGAAGUCUAUAUUGAGUUGUUUGAUCAAAUUGAUGAGAACCUGAAACUAGCUCUCCAGCAAGAUUUGACAAGCAUGGCACCUGGACUCAUCAUACAGGCAGUCAGAGUCACAAAGCCAAACAUCCCUGAAGCAAUUCGGAGGAACUAUGAACUCAUGGAAAGUGAGAAGACAAAGCUGUUGAUUGCAGCUCAGAAGCAAAAGGUGGUGGAGAAGGAAGCCGAGACAGAGCGGAAGAAGGCUCUCAUUGAGGCUGAGAAGAUUGCCCAGGUGGCUGAGAUAACUUAUGGACAGAAGGUGAUGGAGAAAGAGACUGAGAAGAGAAUUUCUGAGAUUGAAGACGCUGCAUUCCUUGCCAGGGAGAAGGCAAAAGCAGAUGCCGAAUGUUAUACUGCCUUGAAGGUUGCAGAAGCCAACAAGCUAAAGCUGACUCCAGAAUUCUUGCAGCUGAUGAAGUACAAAGCCAUUGCCUCCAACAGCAAGAUCUAUUUCGGCAAAGAUAUCCCCAACAUGUUCAUGGACCAUGCUGGGAAUCCCACUAAGCCCUCAGAAGGAGCCGCGGAGGAGCUAAGAGAUGAAAACUGGCUAGGAACAGGGGAGGAUGUGUGAACUGGAUGCAGGCCAGAGGGGCAGGUUGAUGAUCUUGGCUCAGAUGGAACGAAUGCCUAGCCCUGCUCUCCUCAGUGUGAUUUCUCCCUCUUCUUGGAUGCUGGAGAAGAGCCCAGGCCCUUUGUGCUGAAAAGACAGACUAGAAGCACAUGAUGGUUCAGCUUCUUGACCUCUUAUUUCUCAGCAGUCAGAUACACUGUUAAGUUUGCCCUCUGCAGAAGAAGAAAGCAACAAGGAAUCAUGCCAGAGAGGCUGCCACAUUCUCACCAUUGGACCUGCAGCUGCUUCUAUCAAACACACACAUUCUGUUUCAUUGGAUUUUUUGCAGCAACUGGAGCAAAAGCCUUUGAAACCAUACACAGGUCGCAGGUGAAGUCCAACAGGCAAGCAAUAAGCACGCUAUCCAGCAAAUGAAGACAUCAGAGUUGUCUUAAUGUAGCCUAUCUUGGAUGAUAUGCGUAUUCUCUGGAUAAAACUCCAUAUGUGGAUCCUGAAUUGUCUGGAUUCCUGAGCAUGCGCUCCAGUAGUUGGAUUUUACCUGUCGCAUAAUGCGGACCCUGUCAUAUCCCCUCCAAAAAGGUGCUAUGUUUGAAUAUUUUUUUUAAAAAAUCACCCACACUACAAAUUCCAAACUUGGCAUGGUGACCUAGAACAUUAAAUAUCAACACACUAAA